AGUUAAGGAUGUUGCUUUCCAGCCAUGAAAGUGUAAAGCCAAAAGAAAAGAAAAGGUCAAAUUAAUAUUUUUAUGUUUUUACCUAGCUUUUACACGCUCGAGUCCUUGUAGAUGACAAUAAUAAUUUUCUUUUUUUGGUGCUAAGGUGGAUAACAAUAAUGAUUUCCAUUUUCUGGGUGCUAAAGUGGAUAACAAUGAUAUGGCUAACUUGCCGUUAAGUACAUCCUCAAUUCCAUAUAAUUCAAUAAUAAUUAGCAUCCCAGAAUUAAAAAUGCAGAGGAAACAAAAAAUGGGGAGGAGACUUGCAGCUUUGCUUCUGGUGUUCUCAACUCUCGUGCUUUUAACAUCAUCAUCUCCUUCCAUAAGCUUCACUACAGUUGUGCAGGAAAGAAACCAAAUAGAAAAUGGAUUACUGCAGAAUAUUAGAACGGGACAUGGCGGUGGUGAUGGAGGUAGUGGUUACGGGGGUGGACAAGGAGGAGGAAAUGGGGAUUCUUCUUCGACUACACAACCAGGAAGACCUCUCAAUGGAGCUGGUUCUGAUAAUCAGAAUCAUCACCGUCGCGGAGUUGCCAUCCGCUCUUCCACCUCCAACUUCAGCAUACUAACAGUAUCUUUCACUCUUUCUCUGGCUCUCUAUCGUUUCUUGUGAGCUUUAAAAGUAAUUUGAGCUCAUCUGUAUAAAAAGAAAAUAUGCUGUAUUAGCAGGUUGAUACUUUUAAAAAAAUUGGCUAUUGUAAGUACUCUUUGUCAAAACAAAAAAAAUAAAAGUACUCUUUGUCAAGGCAGUGAA